AUGUCUGAAGAUAAAAUAGUUACCACUGAUAUUCUGCUGGAAUUUUUGGAAGUAGCAUUCAAUCAUAUUCUAUUCUUUAGAAAUUUGUAUCCCAAAGAAAUAUUCGCAAGGAGAAAAAUAUAUAGCACCAUAGUGUAUGUUUCCGAACAUCCGGAGCUCAAUGAGUACAUAAAAAAUGUUUUAAAUGCAAUUAGAGAGUUAGUGAAAGAGGAUGAGAAUAGUAUUAAGGCGGUGAAUCUUGUUUUCUACAACAAAAAGAAAGAACCGAUUGAAAAAUUUGUUUUUGAUCUCGUUAAAUUGCAAACAAAUAACACAGAGAAAGAUCCAUAUUACUUGAAAACAGAAGAAGCAUUAAGGACAAUAUGCUUAAAGCUAUCAAUGUGUGAGGCAUACUUGAAACCACUGCCAGAGGACUCAACCUUCACCAUAGAAAUUCAAACAUAUGAAACUGCACAUGUUGCACUCAAUGAAAAUCCACGCUGUGAAGAUUUUCCAUGGAUUAUCAAUGAAAAUGCUCUUGAGAUAACUGAGAACAAUUUGCUUCCCUUGAAAACUAUCAAAACAGACUGUUUACAUCUACAAAUGUAUGUUCUGGAGAAUGAAAGUAAUAAAUAUACAGAUUAA